AGUGGAGAUGAAAAGAAAAAGACACCCAGUGUGGGAUACUUCCAGUUGUUUCGUUUUGCCACUUGCAAAGACGUGGUGAUGAUGGUGGUGGGGGGCUUGUGUGCCCUCGUACACGGAGCAGCUUCACCUCUCAUGCUGCUGGUUUAUGGCAUGAUGACAAACACUUUUGUGGCUUAUGAGUUUGAGGUCCAAGAACUGAAAGACCCAAACAAGACAUGCAUCAACAACACAAUCUAUUGGAGAAAUGAGUCAGUAUAUGAGACACCUGAAAACAGCACUUUGUACUGCGGGGUGGAUAUUGAAGCCCAGAUGACCAUGUUUGCAUACUACUAUGUUGGAAUUGGGGUAGGAGUUCUGGUUGUCAGUUACUUUCAGAUCGCCCUCUGGGUGUCAGCGGCUGCAAGACAAAUUCAGAGGAUAAGAAAGACUUACUUCAGAAAAGUAAUGCGGAUGGAGAUCGGCUGGUUUGACUGUAACUCUGUUGGUGAACUGAACACGAGGAUAUCAGACGACAUCAAUAAGAUCAACAACGCCAUCGCCGACCAGGUUUCCAUCUUUAUCGAGAGGCUCUCCACGUUUGUUUUCGGCUUCAUGGUUGGAUUCAUCGGCGGGUGGAAGCUGACUCUGGUUGUCAUAGCUGUGAGCCCCCUUAUUGGUGUGGCUGCUGGGCUGAUGGCCAUGGCUGUGGCCAGGCUGACGGGACGAGAGCUCAACGCCUAUGCAAAGGCAGGAGCGGUGGCUGACGAGGUCCUGUCAUCCAUCAGAACUGUAGCAGCUUUUGGUGGAGAGGAAAAAGAAGCUGAAAGAUAUGACAAGAACCUUGCAGAAGCUCAGGACUGGGGCGUGAAGAAGGGUGCAAUCAUUGGCGUUUUUCAAGGAUACCUUUGGUGCAUCAUUUUCCUUUGUUUCGCCUUGGCCUUUUGGUAUGGUUCUAAACUGGUCAUCGAGACCAAAGAGCUCUCUCCUGGUACCCUCAUUCAGGUGUUCUUUGGAGUGCUCAUGGCAGCGAUGAACCUGGGCCAGGCCUCACCCUGCCUGGAGGCCUUUGCUUCUGGACGUGCUGCAGCAAAGUCCAUCUUUGACACGAUUGACCGGGAGCCAGAAAUUGAUUGUUUCUCAGAAGGAGGUCACAAAUUGGAGAAUGUAAGAGGUGACAUUGAGUUUCAUAAUGUCUCCUUCUUCUACCCGUCACGGCCUGAAGUCAAGAUUUUAGAUGAUCUGAGCAUGCAGAUCAAAGCGGGGGAAACCACCGCUUUUGUAGGACCAAGCGGAUCAGGAAAGAGUACCACAAUCCAGCUCAUCCAAAGGUUUUACGACCCAGUGAAGGGAAUGGUAACUCUGGACGGCCAUGACAUACGCACUCUAAAUAUCCAGUGGCUCCGCUCCCUCAUCGGUAUAGUAGAGCAGGAGCCGGUGCUGUUUUCUACAACUAUCGCAGAAAACAUCCGGUAUGGUCGACCUGAAGUCACAAUGGAAGAUAUCAUUAAGGCAACUAAACAGGCGAAUGCUUACAGUUUCAUUAUGGAUUUACCACAGAAAUUUGAUACUCUGGUGGGAGAAGGUGGAGGUCAGAUGAGUGGAGGACAGAAACAGAGGAUUGCAAUUGCUCGCGCUCUGAUACGCAACCCAAAGAUCCUGCUGCUGGACAUGGCCACCUCUGCCCUCGACAAUGAGAGUGAGGCUGUUGUCCAGGAGGCUCUGGAUAAGGUGCGAAUGGGCAGGACUUCCAUCUCUAUAGCCCACCGUCUUUCCACCAUUAGAAAUGCAGACGUCAUCAUUGGAUUCGAGCACGGACAGGCUGUGGAGAAGGGAACUCACGGUGCGCUUUUGGAGAGGAAAGGUGUCUACUUCACCCUGGUCACCCUGCAGAACCAAGACACACCCAACACACUCAAAGAUGAAAUCAGUGAAGCUCUUGAUGGCUUUGAUAUGAAAGCGAGGAGUGGAAGCUGCAGAUCCAGUAACAGGAGCCUUGUUCGGCUGAGAUCUCAGAGCACGUUAUCAUCGGGCAGCCUCAAGAUCCUUUCAGACAUGAUGCUCACACCAGGAUCACAGGCGUUUGAGGCUAGUGCAGAUGAACAGGUGGAGCCGGCCCCAGUAGCUCGCAUCCUCAGGUACAACCAGCCAGAGUGGCCCUACAUGCUGCUGGGCUCACUGGGAGCGGCUGUCAAUGGCUCUGUCAACCCAAUAUACGCUGUGCUGUUCAGCCAGAUUCUUGGGACCUUUGCCAUUCGCGACGUGGACGAACAAAGGGCACAGAUCAACGGGAUAUGCAUUCUGUUUUGCGUUGUUGCAGUGAUGAGUGUCUUUUCCCAGUUUUUCCAGGGAUAUGCUUUUGCAAAGUCUGGAGAGCUGUUGACCCGGCGUCUAAGAAAAGUAGGCUUUCAGGCCAUGUUAAAACAGGAGGUUGGCUGGUUUGAUGACCCCAGAAACAGCCCUGGUGCUCUGACUACCCGGCUGGCCACAGAUGCAUCUAUGGUGCAGGGGGCAACUGGAUCUCAGAUUGGCAUGAUUGUCAACUCACUGACCAACAUCGGAGCGUCUUUCAUCAUCGCUUUUUACUUCAGCUGGAAGUUAACUUUGGUCAUUUUGUGCUUCCUGCCACUCAUCGGGCUCUCUGGGGUGUUCCAGGCUAAAAUGCUGACAGGGUUUGCAAAUGAAGAUAAACAAUCCAUGGAAGCAGCAGGGCGGGUAUCCAGUGAGGCUCUCGCAAACAUCAGGACGAUUGCAGGCUUGGCCAAAGAAAGCACAUUUGUGGAAUCUUACGAGCAGAAACUCGAGCUUCCGUAUAAAUCUGCCAAAAAGAGAGCCAACAUCUAUGGGCUCUGUUUUGGUUUUGCCCAGUGUGUUAUCUUCAUGGCAUAUGCUGCUUCGUUUAGAUAUGGAGGUUAUCUGGUUAGCGCUGAGGGGUUACAAUACAUGAUAGUUUUCAGAGUGAUUUCUGCAGUAGUGAUCAGUGGCACAGCACUGGGAAGAGCGUCCUCCUUCACUCCAGAUUACGCCAAAGCCAAAACGGCUGCCUCUCAGUUUUUUAAACUUAUAGACAGAGUCCCUAAAAUCAGCACAAACCACACGGCUGGAGAGAAAUGGGACACCUUCAGAGGGGAAAUAGAGUUCCUCAAUUGCAAGUUUACCUAUCCAACUCGUCCAGAUAUCCAGGUGUUGAAGGGCCUGGUUGUGUCUGUGAAGCCAGGUCAGACUUUGGCGUUUGUUGGGAGCAGCGGCUGUGGGAAAAGCACCAGUGUUCAACUGUUGGAGAGGUUUUAUGACCCUGAUGAAGGGCGAGUGCUGAUUGAUGAUCGCCCGUCUCAUACGGUGAACGUGCCCUUCCUAAGAUCUAAGAUUGGCAUCGUGUCUCAGGAGCCAGUGUUGUUCGACUGCAGCAUAGCAGAGAAUAUUCAGUAUGGAGAUAAUACUACGAGUGUCAGCAUGGAGGAGGUUGUGGAGGCCGCUAAGAAAGCCUACCUUCAUGACUUUGUGAUGACACUGCCAGAUAAAUAUGAGACUCAGGUUGGCGCCCAGGGCUCCCAGCUGUCACGAGGACAAAAACAACGUAUUGCCAUCGCUCGGGCCAUCGUCAGGAACCCCAAAAUCCUGCUACUAGAUGAAGCUACCUCUGCUCUGGACACAGAGAGUGAAAAGACUGUCCAGGCAGCACUGGAUGAGGCGAGAAAAGGUCGCACAUGCAUCGUCAUCGCUCACCGGCUGUCUACGAUACAGACCGCUGACAUCAUAGCAGUGAUGUCUUAUGGAGUUGUAAUAGAACAAGGCACACAUGAUACACUAAUGGCUAUGAGUGGGGCCUAUUAUAAACUGGUCACAACAGGGGCUCCAAUCAGCUAGGCACCUACAAAUACAUAAAAGUAUUUUAUGAAAUCGUUGCACAGGGCUUUUUGUAAAAAUUAAAUUGAAGCAUUUUUA